AACUCCCAUCAUUAUUUCAGAAAAACCGUUCCCGCCAAAACCAACAGAAUCACACAGCACAAAAAAUGGCUCUGAUUAGUCUCAUCUUGAUCACACUCUCUCUCCUCCUAACAACCACCGCAGUAACGGCCGCCGUCACAAAUCAAGAACUGGACGCAGCAUUAUUCACGCUCCGAUCAAGAGGCUACACGCUCUUUCCAAACGCAAUAACCACCUCCGAUCUCCGGCCACUUCUGCUCUCACAGAACUACACUUUCACCCUCUUCUCGCCGCCGGAUCCUCACCUCUUUUCUCUCGAUCUUUCUUCAACCGCUUCCAACUACGUUCUGUCGUUACUCCGCCACGUGUCGCCUCACCGGUUCACUACUUCUGAACUGAGGUCAGGGCCUCCGUUUCUUGACAGUCUGAUUCCGCCGCACCGGUUUUCGAUUGAGCAGUCUCUUGCGGUUGAAAACGGGACGUUUUUGGAGUCUGUUUUGGUGGACGGGGUUAGGGUUUCUGUUCCGGAUCUUUUUCUUGGGCCUUCUAUUGCUGUGCAUGGCUUAGAAGGGAUUCUUGUUUCUAUUCCUGACGGUGAUGAUGAAGAGCCGCGUGUUCAUCAAUUGCGCGGUGAUCAACCCCCUCUUGCCGGUCAGCCCCCUCUUGAUGGCUAUCCACCUCUUGCCGGUGAUUCUCCUCUUGCCGGUCAACCCUCUCUUGAUGAUUAUGCCGCUCUUGCCGGUGAUUCCCCUCUCGCCGGUUAUCCUCCUCUUGCCGGUCAGCCCCCUCUUGAUGGUUAUCCACCUCUUGCUGGUGAUUCUCCUAUUGCCGGUCAGCCCCCUCUUGAUGGUUAUCCACCUCUUGCUGGUGAUUCUCCUAUUGCCGGUCAGCCCUCUCUUGAUAGCUGUCCACCUCUUGAUAACCGUGCCCCGCUUGCCGGUCAUCCCACUCUUGAUAGCCAUGCCCCUCUUGCCGGUCGUCCAAUUCUUGCCGGUCAUCCCCCUCUUGCCGGUCAUCCAAUUCUUGCCGGCCAUCCUCCUCUUGCCGGUCACCACCCUCUUGCCGGUAAUCCCCCUCUUGCCGGUCACCCUUCUCUCGCCGGUCAUCCCCCUCUUGCUGACCAUGCCCUUCUUGGUGGUCAUUCUCGUCGUGGAGGUCAUCCCCUUCUUGGUGGUCAUUCCCGUCGUGGUGGUCAUGUUGUUCUUGGCGGUCAUUCCCGUCGCGGUGGUCAUGCCGUUCUUGGCGGUCAUCCUCCGGUUAUGUCCCCAGGUGGAUUGGUUGGGAAAAUUUCGCCGGCCAGUGGUCCUUCAGAGAUGUUGAAAAAGAAGAGAGCUGGGAAUAUUGGAAAUCACAAGGGGAGGAUUCGGCAUAGUAGGUCUAGUAAGUUCCAUCGUCGCCGGCAUGUGUAAGUUUCUGUUUGGAUGAUGUGAAAAUUUGAUGGUUAGGUAAAGUCAAGAAAGAUUCAUUUUAGGUUUUAGGCUCUGUUUGGCUGUUGAGAAAAUGCAUGGACAGUGAAAGGUGUUUUCUUUUAGUGCAAAUGUUGAAGCUUAUUUCAAGAAUAGAUGCAUAGAAAAGUGUAAAAAGUAGAGGUUAAUUCAGUAGAACAUUUCAUAUCUUGCAUUUGGAGUGAUUUUGGAAGUGUUUUUUUAGAAUGUUGUUGAUGAUGGAAGUGUAAAGUUGAUUUUCUUGGAUAUUGAAUAAUCAAAUUCAUUCUGUGUGUGUAUGUUUCUUGAAU